AUGGGGAAGAGGCGGGGCGGCGCUGCGGGGGGGCGCAGGGACAAGGUGCCGAAAAGCAGCGACCUGUACGAGCUCGAGGAGAAAGAGAACCCCGAGGAGAAGCAGAAGGAGCGCUUCGACGACUACGUGAGCGACGAUGACGAGCUGCCGGGGGGCUUCGAGGACGAGGAAAUCGACGAGGACGAGGCCUUCGACACGGACGACGAGGAACGGUUCGGCGAGUUUUUCGGCGACCAGCCUCCGCGCAAGCCCCGGAAGUCGGGCGCGCCGACGGAGGAGGUCGACCUGCUCGAGUCCGACGAGGGCUCCGAGGACGAGUCUGGCUCGGACGUCGCGUGGGACGAGGAGGACGGCGAGCUAUUCGCGGGCUGGGGCGACGGCGACGGCGAUGCGGGGGAGUUGAAGGGCGGCGACAAGUCUGACAGCGAGGGCGCGGGGGCGUCCGACAGCGGGGCCGACGAGGACGAGGAGCUCGACGACGAGGGCCACGAGCGCAUGAUCACGGACGUGCUCGGGAGGGACAGGGUCCGGAGGCGCCGCGGCGGGGAGCUGCAGACCGAGGCGCAGGCGGAGGGGGAGUUUUCGGCGCCGGCGGGCGACGCGACGCGCGUGUCGGUGCGCGACCUGCUCGCGGGCGCCGCGAAGGACGGCGCGGCCCGGCCGCUCGCGGACGCGCGGAAGGCGCUCGACCGGAUGCACGCGAAGGGCCGGAAGGCCGUUGAGGCGCCGCUGCCCGGGAACAUCCGCGACCGGCUGGAACGGCAGGUCGGGUACGAGAGCGCGAAGGGGACGGUGGACCGGUGGAAGCACGUGGUGAAGGCGAACCGCGAGGCGCCGACGCUCGACUUCCGGGACGCGUCGCGCGGCGAGGUGGCGAAAGUGGCGUCGACGGCGGCGCUGGUGGCGAACUUCACGCCCGCGGCGGAGGGCAUGGAGGCGGAGGUGGCGGGGCUGCUGAAGGAGGCCGGCGCGGACACGGCGCGCGCGGUGCAGGAGGCCGAGGAGGUGCUGGCGCUGCGUGCACUGUCGGUGGGCGACGCGCGCGAGCGGCGCGACCGGCUGGCGAAGAUGCGGUCGCUGCUGUUCCACCACGAGAUGAAGCUGAAGCGGCUGGCGAAGAUCAAGUCGAAGGGCUACCACAAGCGGCAGAACAAGGCGGAAAAGCUCAAGGCAAUCAAAGCGGGGCUUCUGGACCCUGAGUCAGGCGAGGCGGCGGACGCGGGGCUCACGGCGGAGGAGCGCGAGCGCCGGGAGAUGGAGCGCAUCAAGGAGCGGCUCACUCUGCGGCACCGCAACACGAGCAAGUGGGCCAAGCGCGCGCUGCGCAAGGGGCUGGAUCCAGGGACGAAGGCGGCCGUUCAGGAGCAGCUGCGGCUCGGGGAGGAGCUGCGGAGGAAGGCGGAGGGCGAGGGCGACGCGGGCUCGAGCGAGGGCGGCACGGAGACGGAGAGCGAGGGCGAGGGCGAGAACAGCGCUCCGCAGCUGCGGCGGGGGCUGCCCGCGAGCGUCAAGGCCGCGGCGCUCAAGGCGCUGGAGUCCGGGGACGCGGAGGAGGUGGGGGAGCUGGGGAAGAAGGGGCUCUUCUCGCUGCCGUUCAUGCGGCGGGCGAUGGAGCGGAAGAAGGCGGCGGUGGCGGAGACGGCGCGGGGGAUGCUGAGGGAGUAUGAGGCGGAGCAGGAGGCGCUGGCGGAGGGGCGCGACAUCGACGAGAUGGAGGUGGCGGAGCCGGAGGUGGGCGGCGGGCGGGCGGGGCGGUUCGGGUUCGGAGGCGACGGCGUGGGGUACGGUGCGGGCGGUCUGGCGGCGCGACGGGGCGCGGAUGCGGAGGAGGGGGCGGGGGUGGGGCCCGCCCGGGGGGGGUUCGACGCGGUCGGGGGGAGUGACAGCGAGCGCGACGGCGAGGACUCGGACGAGGAGGAGUUCCUGGAAGAGGCCCGCGCGCGUGCGAAGGAGCUGCGCGGCGGGGACGACGGCGCCCCGCAGAACGCCCGCGACGCCUCCCACGACGCGCCGGAGGCCGGGCGCGCCGGGCGCAAGGCGUCCAAGGUCGCGGCGACGGCGGGCCCCACCGUCGUCGAGGGCCAGACGCGGAGCAACGCGGUGCGCGGGUGGCUGGAGUCGCAGCAGGCCGGAACGGCGCCGCAGGCAACGAAGCCACCGGCGCUCUCCGAGCCGCCGGUCGCCGCGGCGCCCAAGGGCGCGGCGCGCGGCGCGGGCGUCAGGACCAUCGCGGACAUCACGGGGACGCCCGCGGCGUCGUCGUCGCUGCCGAGGUUCGCGAAAUGCAAGAAGUUCCGCGGCGCCGUCGACGGGUACGUGUUUCGCAAAGGGAAGAAGGGCGUCGGGUACUACCUCGACGACGGCAAGUUCGGGACGGCCAAGGCCGCGGCUGCGCGGCUGCGGGAGCGCGAGGACCUCGCCGCGAACGCAGCGGGCGUCACGAUGGCUGGCGUGGAGCCUGCCGAAGAGCACCGAAUCGCGGACGCGCCCGGGGGGGCGGCUGCGGGCGCGGAGCCCACGCGGGGCGUCGGCGACGAUGCGCCGAUGGACGAGGAGGGCGCGGGCGGCGUGCAGGCCGUCGACGGCGGCGACGCACGGCAACGCGCGCUGAUCGCGGAGGCGUUCGCGGGCGACGACGUGGCGGCGGAGUUCGCGGAGGCGAAGCGCAGGGAAGCCGAGGAGGAGCUGCCGAAGAUCGAGACGCCCACGGUGAUGCCGGGGUGGGGCAUGUGGAGCGACCAGCAGCGCGAGCCUGCCUGGAUGCGGCGCGAGCGGGACAAGGCGGAGAAGGAGCGGGCCGACGCGCUGCGGCGGCGGAAGGACGCGAAGCUCGAGGGCGUCGUGGUGAGCGAGAAGUGGGACAAGAAGGCGAGCAAGCUCUGGACCCCGUCGGUGCCGUUUCCGUUCACGUCCCGGGAGGCGUAUGAGCGCUCGCUGCGGCAGCCGCUCGGGAGGGAGUACAACACUGACGCAGGGUUCCGGAAUCUGACGCGGCCGGCGGUGCUGAAGAGCACGGGCGUGAUCAUCGACCCGCUCAAGUUCAGUAAGCCCGCGCGCAAGGACGAGCCCGCUGGCACGGGGGUGGCGUCGAGCAAGGGGCUGGAGUCGGCGGGGCAGAAGCGGCGGAAGCCGGUGAAGCGGCCGAUGGGCGUGAAGCGCGCGCGCGGGUGA